AUGACUGAGGUCGUGGAGGGUCUACAGGAGACGCUGCGAGUGCACGCGGCGUGGGAGGCGGCGCAGAAGGCCUGGCUCGAGCAAAAGGACAAAUACCAAGAGAUUGAACGCAAACUGUCAAAAGACCUGGAGGAGUUGGUGAAGAUACUGGCGGCGAAACAUCUCAAAGUGACUCUGGUGCAUUUUGGAAACCAAUCGCCCGAGUUUGAACUUUCGCUGCGGCUGUCGAUGGAGGGCCUGGACGGACCCGAAAGAGCCGAACGUAAACAGGUACAGAGUGGACCUGAGAGAGAAAAGCAACACGGGGGUACACCUGAAGACAAAACAGCCAUUCCUCCAUCAUGCCAUGUUUGCCAGACAAACCAGGAGGUCUCAAAAGCAAACGCAACAAAAACGGAGGAGAAGUCGUCGGAACCAUUGUACAUUGUACAAGUAAAAAACAACCGAAAGAGACACAACAAGAACAAGAACAAGAACAGAAAGAACUGGUAG